UCAUACCCUACCAUCAUACAGAGCUCCUCUCAUACCCACCGCCAUUCUUCUGGCGUCCCUCAGUCCUCGGCCUUCGCCAGGACCACUUCUCCAUCUCAUCAGCGAGCGAGGUAGCCUCUCCCAGGCAGAGGUCGCCUAAAGCAUGGCUGCGUCCGGCGAGGCGAGCGGCAGCGCGUCUAAUGCUUCCGCUGCCACACCAUCCGCAACCUCGACGGGUGCUACCACAGCCGCACAAGCCGGCGCCCCUGCUGCCAGCUCUUCUCGACCUUCCUUUCCCAAGCUGGAGGAGUUGGCGGCUAGAAUUGUAGACACAAGUUCCGAUCUCACGAGACGGUACACCGCUGCGCAAGAGCUUCGCGAGAGUGCUGAAGCGUUUCAGAACCAGGACUUUGUGGCCUACAUCAAAGCCCUUGUCAGCACCUUUCUCAAAACCUUUGAGACAACUCAACCGAGCUUCCGUUCAGACGCCCCCGAGCAUCGGUUACGCAAUGUCCUGCUCGAGACGUUGCGGAGGCUCCCUGCCUUCGAGCCCAUGCGUAGGUUCGCCAAGCAAUUAGUUCCGGUCCUGCUUCAGAUCUUGAAAGAGGACAACGAAGAUAAUGGGGAGCUGACCAUGAAGAUCUUGUCCGAGAUGCUGCGAUCUUGCAAGGACGAAUGUGAAGAAUUUGCCUUGCCAUUCUUCGAGCAGAUCAAGACGUUCUUUGUUGGCAUGCCAGCUACAGUGGAUACCUUCUUUGGCUCGGGAGGAAAUACCGUUCUAGCUAAUACAGCAACCCAUCCCUCCUCGUCCGACUCUCCUGCCACUUCAGCCUCCUCCCCUGCAGAUGGCUCUACUUCACAAUCCGCCGAGGCCUCGUCGCUCGGCGGAGGCGCCUCAGCCUCCUCGAGCACAGCUCCAAAGUCGCUCUCCCGCACAUCUGCUGGUUUCAGAGUCUUAGCAGACUGCCCUAUCGCUGUGGUCUUAGUCUUGCAGACCUACCAGCAUCUCAUCAAACCCGCCUUGAACGCUUUCAUACCGUUCAUCUUUGAUGGCUGCCUACUGCUGCAAGCACGACCUCAACGCGAGGCUCACGAAGCAGCCCAAGCGCGCGGAGAGAUCUUUGUUGGUGUGGCCCCGAACAUCAAAAAUCGGACUGCCUACGCCGAGAUGAUUCACGCCCAGAUCAAGACCAUGAGCUUUCUCGCGUAUGUCAUCAAGAGCGGGCUACCGGCGAUCAAGGACUAUGCUCCGAUACUUCCUGGAGUCAGCGUCCGCCUACUCGAAGAUUGCCCACCUGAAGCUGCAGGGGGACGCAAGGAGCUUCUCGUGGCUGUAAGACAUAUCCUGGGCACAGAGCUAAGAAGCCAUUUUGCAGGUCAAAUCGAUACCCUGCUCGACGAUCGUGUCUUGCUUGGCACCGGCGUCACGUCUCGAGAGAUGCACCGACCUCUUGCGAUCAGUAUGCUGGCUGAUCUGAUCCACCACUCUCGAGCCGAGCUAUCGGCCGCUCAGCUGGCCCGGAUCGUUCAUGUUCAUGGCAAAGUGCUCCACGAUUCGACCCUUGCUCCGGCAAUCCAGACGAUGUGCGCCAAGCUUUUGCUUAAUCUUGUGGAGGCAAUUAUCACCAAUGACCCCGAUGGCGCCAAUCAGUUGCUUCGACAGAUUCUAGAUGCCUUCAUCGAAAAGAUGAGGAACCUGCCUCGCUUCAAGGAGGACUGGGAAGUCAACCGCAAGAGAAGGGAAGCUCAGGCGAAGGGCGAGACGAUCGAAAGAGCCAAUGUGGUGACGAUCGAGAGAAGCCGACCGAUACAGGGAGGGCACAUGCUCUAUGAGCAUCGAGACAGCGAUGUGCUGAAGGAUGUUCUUUUCUUGUUGCGGAAUCUCUUCACCGGCUUCAAGACACUCCUGGCUCUCCUCAAGCGUCGCGGGGCUCCGGAACCUGACGCCGAUACUUUCGGAGUCUUGUUCUGUGCCGGGGUCGACUGCUGGUCGAUGAUCGAUCAUCGGGAACCUGCUCAGGAGAAGGAGAUGAUGGAUCUUUUCAUUCCAAUUUUCUACGAUCUGUCCCCGCAGACAUUUCACGAAGUCUUCACAACGAACUUGGCAUUCUUGUACGAUCGGAUGCUCACAAACAACUCGCUCAUGGGUGUGCCUCAAAACCUGCUCUCCAUGAGCAGCACUUCGCGACGCUUCGUCGGCAUUGUCUUGCGGUUUCUAGCUGAUCGCCUCGAUGAUCUUGGAGAUGCCGAUCGAAAAAAUGCAACGGUCACACUGCGACUUUUCAAACUUGCUUUCAUGGCGGUCACGAUCUAUCCCGAGGAAAAUGAAUCGAUGCUACAACCGCACCUUGGCUACUUCAUCAUGCAUUCCAUGAAGCUCGCUGCCAAAGCGACGGAGCCCUCCAACUAUUUUCUGUUGCUCAGGGCUCUCUUCAGGAGUAUCGGAGGGGGCAAAUUCGAGCUGCUCUACAAAGAUGUAUUGCCACUUCUGCCGGUGAUGCUUGAGCAGCUUCAUACGUUCCUCGAUGCCGCUGAGUCGCCCCAGCAGGAGACCUUUGUUGACCUGUGUCUGACGGUUCCCGUUCGUCUCAGUGCGCUGUUGCCAUAUCUUGGCUAUCUCAUGAAGCCACUCGUACUUGCUCUUCGUUCAUCCGGGGAUCUGCUUUCGCAAGGCCUCAGAACGCUGGAACUGUGCAUCGACAACCUGACUCAGGAAUUCCUGGAUCCCAUCAUGGCCCCUUAUCAGGUAGACAUUAUGAAAGCAUUGUGGGAGCAUCUUCAGCCUCUGCCUCAUCCUCAUGCUCACUCACAUACAACUAUGAGAAUUCUCGGUAAGAUGGGCGGGCGAAAUCGCAGGAUCUUACAGCAGCCUCCGACGAUCAAUUGGCAGAGUCAACGGGAUACUGGGCAUUUCACCGUAAACUUUGGUACUGGUCGGAGUCAGUCGAUGAAGCUGAAGCCGAUCAUGGAGUUGGCUCUUGCGAACGUUCGCAGAGGGGACCCGUUCUACCGUAAGCAUUCAUGGGAACUUCUGCGCCACGCUGCUGCCCUUUACUCGGACGGCUCUCUUACACAUGGCCAAGCGCAGAUCGAGGCGGCCUUCGAGAAGGUCGUUCACGGCAUCUUUGAGGCAACGAGGACAGACGAUUUGGCAGAGCAAGCCAGGCCCUACGUCAUCGAACUCUCGGUACAUGUCUUCAGCCUCGAAAUGAAGCGAUUCCCAGAGGAACCGACCUCACGGGAUCUGCCAGCAGCUGGGCUUGCCCCUUUGACCUCCGCAUUCCUUGGUGGUAUUGUAGAGACACUGUCAAGCAUCGCAAACGAGGCACCCGACCUUGCUGCCCACACUGAGCUGAUCCUCGAUAUCCUCAAGUCUACCAAGGCCACCUGCCGACACCCUGCAAAGGCGCUUGCAGCAGCCGAGAAUGACAGCGGUACAAGGAACGAUCCGUCUCGAUCUCGGGAGCAUCCUACGCUCUGGCUGUUCAUUAUCAAGCGCUUGAGCAGUAAGCUUUGCGGUCUUUGCUACGACAAGCUUUGGGCCCGCAAGACUGGUGCGUGGACAGCGCUUGAUGCUAUCAUACGCCGAGCUGAAGUACCCAUUGCAUGGUUGCGAGAUACACAAUUGGAGAUUGUGCGAGCGCUGGUGUUCAUGCUCAAAGAUAUGCCGACGGAUCCUCCGCGUAAUGCAGAGGCCGUAGGCGCAACAUUGCUCCAUGUCUUAGAGCUUGCCAAUACACCUCCAGAGGGCAUCGAAGCUGCCGACGAAGACGAGCGCAGCCAAUGGGACAGACAAAGGGAGAAUUCUCAGACAUUGCUAAUUGGUGCUCUCGUCGGCGAGCUCGCAAGCUCCAACAGCAUGGUGCGAUCAGUCACGCGGGAAGCUUUCCGUCUCUUGGCAAAGAUGAGGGGCCAAGGUGUCACCGCACUUCUCGCGCCUGUCAAAGAUCGCUUGCUCGGACCGAUCUUUGGUAAACCACUACGAGCCCUGCCCUUCGGCAUGCAGAUCGGCCAUAUAGACGCCAUCACAUUUUGCCUGGAGCUGGAUCCGCCCUUACCAGCAUUCAACGAAGAGCUGUUCCGCGUCCUGACGGAAGCCUGCGCUCUUGCCGAUGCAGACGACGCCGCACUAGUCGGACGAGCUCAGCACUACAAAAACACUGUCGCGGUAACCAAUUUACGUGUGGUCGCCAUCCGCCUGCUAGCGUCUGCCAUGAAUCGCCCGGAAUUUCAGGGACCGAAACAUCAAGAUCAGAGGUUACGCAUCAUCUCUAUGUACUUCAAGAGCCUUUACUCGCGCUCCGAAGCAGUUGUAGACGUUGCUUACAGUAGCCUCGAAGAGACUUUGCAGGAUCAGACCAAACUGCCCAAGGAUGUGCUACGGUCCGGCCUCACACCAAUUCUUCAGACACUCGCUGAUUCUUCCAAGCUGACGGUUGUAGGCUUGGACGGUCUGGCAAGGCUAUUGAAGCUUCUCACAACAUACUUCAAGGUCGAAAUCGGAGGCAAGCUCCUGAGCCACAUGCAAGCUAUUUCGCAUGCGCCAAUGCUUGAGAGGGCAAGUGCUGGGGACCUUCAAGGCCCCCAGUACGCUGAUGCGCAUCAUCUGCUCCACUCCAAGCUACCGCGUGAUAGCGAUGUCAUUGAGACGCUGUGUGCAAUAGUACGAGUCUUCCCGCUGCUUCCACCAGCGGCCGUCCAAUUCAUGGAACAGCUCGUCAAUACCGUCAUACACAUUGAGACCACUCUCCGCCGCUGUGGUCCCACUCCCUUCACUAAACCACUAGCUACGUUCUUAGACAAAUAUCCAGAGGCUACGUGCGACUACUUUGCAACACGGCUUGAAGAUCAACGACAUGCAAGAUGCUUGCGACUGGCUAUCGCAUCGACCGAGUCGACACAUCUACGGGCAAAGCUCUCUGAGCGACGCGGAGAGAUCAUUGUUCCUCUCUUGGCUCGACAGGAUCGACCUCAGCUCAUCUGUGUAGGUCUUGAGCUCAUCAAAGCCUUCGGCGUUCAAGAGCCUGACUGGUUGAUCAAGCACGAUGACGUCUUUGAGGCUAUACGAGGGCUGUGGAGAGAUUCGGCUUGUCAAAAGCGAAGGCGAGAAGAAGCCAAUGCGGGUCCACACUGCGAGUCUUCUCUCCUGCUUGAACUCUACAAGGCUUACCUGUCAAGAAAAGAUCAUCUCGAAGCCUACUUCGAGCUACUGGAUGCAUUUACUUUCCACAGCUGUCUGGAUAUGACCCCCACUCUUCGCUUCUGCUAUGAUAGGGUCGCUCUCAAUGGCUCCGUUGCGCUCAAAAGACAAGUGAUUACGAAAUGGAUCGAAGUUCUCGAGAAUCAAAACGUCGGCCAGAAUUACAAGACGCAGGUGCUUCGCGUUCUUGUCAAUCCUGUUCUCCAGGCUGCGCCCAGACCAAAUGAUGCAGAAGACAAAAAAGCUGCCGCCAAAAAGGGCAACAAAAGUGAAGAUACGGCAGAGGAUACCGUGAUGGCCGAUGCAACGACGUCAGAUGCCUCCGAUGAGAGCGUCAGCACCCCACUGUUCGACAGUGAUCUUUUUUAUUCUGUCCUGAAUCGCGUCUGGAAACCCUUCCAGUCUAAGAUCGGUUUGCAGCUCUGCUCGGACGAUGGUCAUCGAGUCGAAUUGCUGCACGCUUCAACGAUGACUCUGGAGCAUUGCUCGCACCUCCUCACGUCGGCUGGAGGUCCUCGUCGAGAGACGAUCAAAUUCGGCUGGGCACAUAUGCCUUCAGAGGAUGUGACGGUGAAAAAUGCAGCGUAUAUCUUCAUUGCCCGCUUCCUCGAGUACUGCGAAUCUCCCAUGAAGAUCAUCGGUCAGAUUUACACCGGAAUGUUGCGAACUGAGAAGGCGGAAGGUCGCAACCUGCUCCGCAGGGCAUUGGAUAUCCUCGUUCCAGCUUUGCCCAAGCGCGUGCCAGCACCUAGCGAUGGUGGGCUACCCUGGUGGAUCCGUUGGACGAAGCAACUCUUGGUGACCGAAGGUCAUACGGCUGCCGUUGUGCUCAACAUCAUGAACCUUCUCGUGCGGCACGCAGAUCUGUUCUAUCCCUAUCGAGAAGCCUUCGUGCCUCAGAUGGCUAGCAGCUUGGCCAAGUUCGGAUCAGGUCAGUCCGUGGAACAGAAGCUGCUCGCCAUUGACGUUGUUGACCUCAUUGUUCGAUGGGAGAAAAAGAGGAAUGGAAUAGCCGAAGAAGGGAGCGAAUCUGGCGUUGGCGACCCUAAAGCCAAAGAAGCAACCGACAAGACCACUCAGGAUGGACAAGAUUCCGAGGUCGCUGAUUCCAAGGUCUCGACAAGAAAGAGGACGAACGAAGCAGCUGAAGGGCAGACAACCGACCGCCAGAAGAGGACACGUCUCGAUCAGAAAGGCAAUGCCGCAACACCAUCGGUCACUCCGGCUGCUGGUCUUGUAGAUGAGCACGCCUACUCUGUGCCGAAGAAUGUCCGCGAAACUUUGGUCAAUUUCCUACUUCGCUCUAUUUGCUUCUCGACCGAGUCAAUGACUCGUGGCUCAGUGGGCAGAGCUUUUAUGACUUAUCGAGAAAUUGCCGCGAUGGGAUUCUGGAACAUCUGUGAUAUCAAGCUCAACGUCUUCCAGCGACCCCUCAUGGCAGCUGACUUGAACGAUAUUGAACCGUUCAGCAGCGGCUUCAACAUCGUCUGCAACUCGCUUCAGGCUCUACGUGUCAUUUGCAAGGACAAGUCCGACGCUUGGUUCGCGGCUCAUGCGCCUCAACUGUGCAAGCUCUUGGAGAAGAGUGUGAGGAUGAGCCAGCCGAUCGUGGUUGAGUUGACGCGUACUAUUCUCGAGAGAGUCUUCGAGGCUGUGCCCGACAUCCGGCCAGAAGACAGGGAUGCAGAUGGUGAAGAGGACGACGACGUUUCAGUCAGCGGCGCCUCACGUGCCGGCCCCCCAGCAAAGUCGGUUGCUGCUGAGUCCAAAUCGACGCAGCAUGACCCUGAAGAAGUUCCUGGCCUCGUACGGGCUUUCGGUGACAAGGCUAUCAGCGAUGGCUUCAACGAAUGGAGAAACCCUUUCGCGUCCUUCGUGGUCCUUGGCGCCUGGGCCAAAUCAAAGCCAGAGAGGAUCGACGCUUAUUUGGGUCCUCUUAUCAAAGCUUUGUCUCGCUCAACCAGGGAACAUCUGGCUCAACAACCCUCCGCGAAGCCUUACAACGUUGAUGGAACGAUCAAACUUCUCUUGAUGUCAUUGGAUCUGACCAAGACCCGUAUCUCGCACCUAGGCGAGCAGCGACGAUGGUGGCUGAGCGCUGCUGUUCAGCUCGGUGAGAAGUCUUCGAGCAUCGAAGUAUGUCGCUUCCUACUGGGAGCGCUAUCGAAGUGGGUGCUAGAUGGCCAGGAGGCUUUCCCCACCGUCAAAGAAAAGGCAGGUCUACUUGUCAAGAUGAUCACAUUCGAGAAUCGGGACGACGAUGAGCUGCUUCGGGAGUAUCUUGAUUUGAUCUACAAGAUCUAUACAUCGCCGCAAUUAGCUCGCACCGAGCUGACGGUCAAGCUUGAGCCAGCCUUUCUACUCGGAUGCCGUCACCGAGAUCCAGUCUUGCGCCAGAAAUUCAUCGAUAUCUUCGACAAGACGCUCACCAAAGCUGUCCCGGGCCGAAUGCAAUAUCUCUUGGGGCAGCAGAGCUGGGAGCAUCUCGCUGAGUAUUUCUGGAUCACACAGGUGCUUGACCUCCUUCUGGGCUCAAUUGAGGGAGACCGUCCAUUCGUUCCAGGCGCAAGCGCAAUCUCUACGAAACAUCAGACCUCAUUUGUUCGGAACAUGCGUGGUCUUACCGUGGGGCCCUUCAUCACAUCGCUCCGAGCGCUGUUGUACGCAUCACGACAAGGCACUCAUGACAUUUUUGUCGACUUCUUCAAGGCUGCAUGGGCUGCUCUUCCGCGCAAACAUCAGCUCGAUGUCACGAAGGCUCUCAUUGGCAUCUUGACUCGCGAGUAUCAUCUCCGUCAGGUCACCAGACGGCCCAAUGUCGUACAGACACUCCUGGAUGGCGCGCAGGCGUGUCAGCCGCAACCAGAGUUGCCCCCGCACGUGGUCAAGUAUCUGGGCAAGACCUUUAAAGCAUGGCACACGUCAGUCGACUUGCUGCAGAAUCUCAUCAACACGCUGCCGAGGGAAGACGAUUCAAUCCGCGAAGCUACGCAAGACGCUCAGGCCGAAAUGUUCGCUGAGUUGGCCGAAGACGACUGCUUCUAUGGUCUUUGGCGUCGUCGCUGCGUGUACGUGGAGACCAAUUCUGCUAUUGCGUGUGAGCAGUCAGGCAUGUGGGCAAAGGCGCAGAUCGCCUACGAGAACGCCCAGAUGCGAGCCCGAACUGGUGUCUUGACUUUCACAGAGGCUGAAUACAGCCUUUGGGAAGAUCACUGGGUGAUCUGUGCGCAGAAGCUGCAGCAGUGGGAGAUCCUCACUGAUCUAGCCAAACUCGAGGGAAACAAUGACCUCCUUCUGGAGUGUGCCUGGCGACUCAGUGACUGGGUGCAAGAGAAAGACUAUCUUGAACAAGCCCUCGAUAGUCUGUCUGCUGUGCCGACGCCUCGUCGACGGGUAUUUGCCGCCUUCAUGGCUCUCCUCAAGCAACAAGAUCGUUCUAAUCCGAGCGAAUUUGGUACGAUCUGCGAUGAGGCCAUUCAGCUUUCUCUGCGAAAGUGGCAUUCGCUUCCUCGUACUGUCACACAAGCCCACGUCCCCUUGCUGCAGAUCUUCCAGCAGUUCGUUGAGCUGCAGGAAGCUUCAACGAUUUUCUCCAGCCUAUCUCAGACCAAUGCAACGAACAUCGAUCAGCGGUCCGCUGACCUGAAAACUCUAAUGCAGACUUGGAGAGAGCGACUGCCGAACCUCUGGGACGACAUCAAUGCUUGGAGCGAUCUUGUGGCAUGGCGUCAGCAUGUCUUUUCUGCUGUGAACAAGGCCUAUCUUCCCCUCGUACCUCAUCUGCAGCCACCCGGGGGCCAAGGCUCGAGCACCAAUUCAUAUGCCUACAGAGGGUACCACGAGACUGCCUGGAUCAUCAAUCGCUUCGCACAUGUCGCCCGCAAGCAUUACCUCAACGACGUCUGCAUCAGCUCGCUCACCAAGAUCUACACUCUACCGAACAUUGAGAUUCAAGAGGCUUUCUUGAAACUACGAGAGCAAGCAAAGUGCCACUACAAAAAUUCGAACGAGCUCGCCCAAGGUCUAGAAGUCAUCAACAACACCAACUUGAUGUUCUUUGCUGCACCUCAGAAGGCCGAAUUCUUCACGCUCAAGGGCAUGUUCAUGGAGAAGCUGGGCCUAUCUGACGAUGCAAAUCAUGCAUUCGCAACAGCCAUCCAGAUGGACCUGAGUCUGGCCAAAGCCUGGGUCGAAUGGGGCAGAUACAAUGAGAGGAUGCUUCGUGAACAGCCAACAGCUGCCUUCUUUGCAGCGAGCGCUCUGAGUUGUUUCCUCCAAGCUGCCAGCCUCUUCAAGAACAGCAAGGUGCGCAAGAUUCUGAUUCGAGUACUUUGGCUUCUGAGCAAUGAGAACUCGCAGGCUCCUGCCAUAUCAGCUUUCGAGAGCUUCCGCGGAGAGCAUCCGACGUGGUACUGGGUCACAUUCACGCCUCAACUUCUGACAGCUUUGUCUCAGAGAGAAGUCGUGGUAGCAAAGCGUAUUUUGGUAUCAAUCGCCAAGAGCUAUCCCCAAGCCCUGUACUUUGGGGUACGUACGACCCGCGAGGAGUACUCACUGUUGCGUCGCAAUUUGGCCGUCCAUCGCGCGCAGCAAGCUCGUCAACAACUAGCUCAAGCUCAAGCACAGGCUCAGGCACAAGCCCAAGCCCAAGCCCAAGCCCAAGCCCAAGCACAAGCGCAGCAGCAGCAGCAGCAGCAGCAGCAGCAGCAAUCUCCACAGCCGUCGAAGGAGGUCGCCUCCAACGAUGUAGCGCCCGCAAAAGCUGGCCAGACUGAGUCGGAAACCGCGAGCAAGCCGGAGACUGCUGGAGAGACUGAAAAGAACUCGGACACGCCUGCUGCUACGCCGCGCGAGGCAAACAAUGGUAAGAGCGAGGAUCUGCCGUCUUCCACCAACGCUAGCCAGAAUGAAGGCCAGGAUAAAGGGAAGGAUGAAUCCUCAACGCCCAAGAAGGAGGCAUCGAACUCAGCACCGGAGGCCCCGAGCGGUCAGGGGCAGCCUUUCUCAUCGCAGCAGCAGCCCGGUUCUGCCGCCUCUUCUGCUGCCAAUGCGAAUCAGUCUUCGCCACAAGGAAGUGCUCGGCAGGUGCCUGGCGCCACUAAUGCAGCAGCUUCGCAGGCCUCACCUCCAUCGAGUGACAGCAAUGCACCCACUAGUGCGCCACAGCCUUGGGAUCAUGUUGACGUAGUCUACAAUACUCUGAAGACUGCUUUCCCACUGCUGGCUUUGACGAUGGAAAAUAUGGCCGAGCAAUUGGUGCAGCGCUUCAAGGCCAGCCCAGAGGAAGAUCUACACCGCCUCAUGAACGCCUUGUUGAGCGAAGCGCUCCAGCAGUACGUUACACGAGCCACAAUGGCGAAGGACGACGGCAAGCUGCCUGUCGCGACUCGUCAGAAUCUGCAACGUUUCAGUGAGAACCUGGCUCGCAGUAAUCUACGAGGUCCAUUCGAGGAGGACUUCAUCAAGCCUGACUUGACCUUGAGAGACUGCAUUCAGCGCCUACAGCAGUGGCGGGACCGCUACGAGAGCGCUAUUGACCGCCGGCCGACACGCAACCCGCUCGAGCAUUGCAGUCACUACCUUGUUGAAUUUCAGCACUUAAAGUUCGACGAGGUUGAAGUGCCAGGCCAAUACCUUGGUCACGAGGACAACAACUCUGACUUUGUAAAGAUCAGCCGAUUCAGUAACAACUUCGAGGUUGCACGCGCUACUGGCAGCUGUACGCGUCGAGUUUCGAUGCUGAGCAACAAGGGUCUCGUCCACUCCUUUGCCAUUCAGCUCAAUACUCCGCGACACUGCAGAAGAGAGGAGCGGACUAUGCAGCUAUUGCGUUGCCUCAAUGGUAUUCUGGAGAGGCGCAUCGAAACUCGUAAACGUGGACUGGCGUUCCACGUGCCCGCUGCAAUACCUUUGGCCACGCAUGCGCGUCUGCUCGAGAGUGACGCCAGCUUCGUCAGUCUGCAGGACAUCUAUGAGGAGCAUUGCAAGGACGUGGGGAUGGGCAAGGACGAGCCCCUGAUGCUCUGGGUUGAAAAGGUGAAAUCUGCGUGGGAUCCUACGAGAGGCCUGGUGGAGAUGGCAAAUCUGAGGAUGGACCUUCUGGACGAGAUCAGCGCCAAGAUGGUGCCUGAAACGAUCCUGUCGACUUACCUCACUCGAAGUAUGGCGACUCCGGAGGACCUCUGGCUCAUGCGCAAGCAGUUCACGCUUCAAACGGCUGCUGCCAUGUUCCUCACCUACGUCUUCUUCAUCUCGUCAAGAAUGCCGAGCCGCAUCCACAUUUCGCGCUCUCGAGGUCAUGUCUCGAUGACAGACCUCCUACCCUCGUUCAACCCUCAGAUGCCACAGCACAAGACUCCUGAUGCGACACCCUUCCGACUCAGUCCAAACAUGCAGCACUUCAUCGGGCCCAUUGGCGUCGAAGGCAUUCUCACCUCUUCGAUGAUGGCCCUGGGUCGCUGUCUCUCUGAGCCAGAGGGCAAAUUUGAGGAUCUCUUGGGCAUCUUUGUCAAGGAUGACCUGCCGCGUGAUGCACCUCUGCAGUUCAUCACGAGGACCAUCAGCGAGGUUGGCAAGCGAGCUAAGCUGCUCAGUGGUAAUCAUGGCCCGGCUGAGAGCUCGAUUCCAGUCUGUCAAGUCGUAUUGGAUCUGAUCAAUAGCGCUACGUCACCAGGCAAGUUGGCUCUGCAGGACCCUUUGUGGGCGCCCUGGUUGUAGUUGGGUCAGGAGUGGCGAUCAGUGGAAGGAGGAGGAGGCAGGGGCAGGCGAUGAAGCAAAAGAAGGAUUUGAAAAGAGAAAUCGGGAGGCAGGCGGCAUCGCACCUCACUCUGACGUCGUUUCCAUAUGCGUCAUGAUAGCUUUCUCCCUGUUUUGUUGUACACCAGAUGCGUUGUUGCGAAACUAUAUGAAUGAAGAAGUAAUGUCCACCG